AUGAAGAACAUGACAGAAGUGACACAGUUCUUCCUCAUAGGACUCACCAACACCCCAGGCCUUCAGCUUCCCCUUUUUAUCACCUUCUUCUUCAUCUACAUCAUUACCCUAUUGGGGAACCUGGGGAUGUUCCUUCUGAUUCUCUUGGACUCUCGGCUUCAUACUCCCAUGUACAUUUUUCUGGGUAAUCUUUCCCUCGUUGAUCUUGGCUACUCUUCAGCUAUCACCCCCAAAGUCAUGGCUGGGCUCCUAGUAGGAGACAAAAUAAUGUCUUACAAUGACUGUGCUGCUCAGAUGUUCUUUUUUGCAGGAUUUGCUACGGUAGAAAAUUACCUGUUGGCUUCAAUGGCCUAUGAUCGCUAUGCAGCUGUGUGUAAGCCCCUACACUAUACCACCACCAUGACUACAGGUAUUUGUGCAUGGCUGAUUACAGGAUGCUAUGCCUGUGGCUUUCUGAGUGCCUGUAUCUAUACCGGAAACACAUUAAGUCUAUCCUUUUGUAACUCCUAUGUGGUCCAUCAUUUUUUCUGUGAUAUGCCAGCAGUCAUGGCUCUCUCUUGCUCUGAUAGUCAUAUUAAUGAGCUAGUUCUUAUUUGUCUAGCCAGCUUCACUAUCUUUUUUGCUCUUACAAUAAUAUUGUUAUCCUACAGCAUAAUUAUUAUAACAAUAUUAAAGAUGCAUUCAGGAACAGGAUAUCAAAAGGCUAUUUCCACCUGUAUCUCCCACUUCACUGCAGUUUCUAUUUUCUAUGGAACAAUUAUCUUCAUGUAUUUGCAACCCAGCUCUAGACAUGCAAUGGACACUGACAAAAUUGUGUCAGUGUUCUACACCAUGGUCAUCCCCAUGCUGAACCCUCUAGUUUACAGUCUGAGGAACAAGGAGGUUAAGAGAGCAUUCAUGAAAUGGUUCUAA